AAAAUAAAUUAUAGAAAUCCUACGCCUUUCCCGCCAUCCACGAUACGAUGAUUCUUUAUUUCCCUCUCUUUUGGAGCCCCAGAUGCAUCAAUCACCUGGCCGUACCCGACGCAUAUUGACAUUCCUUGGUCUGGCCACGUUCAUUCAAAUUGUUCUGUUCCUUCUGUGGCAUAAAAAUUCUGACCCCUUCAAUCGGUACUUCUCCAGCCAACAACACCAAUCCCAAACAGAUGAACAUGAACAAGAGAGUGACCCAUCGGGCAAUGUCACGGCCUACUCCCAUAUUGUCAAGGCAGAUGUCCAGCGCAUAGGAAGCUUCUGGUCAACCAGCAAUCAUGGUCUUCCUCCGCCAUUUGUAUUCAAUCCCAUUGAUACAUCCGAAAUAACAAUCUGCGACGGACCUUCCCCUAGUCAUACUGGCGGCACAACCAGAAAACUGUACGCCUAUCCUUCGUUACCCGCCGACUUCCCCUCCCCAGCCUUUGGUGGCCACGAUAUCAUCGGCACGAAUGGCAGCAUCUGUUUUACAAGCACGUCUCGAUACGGCGCAUACGGAAUAAAUGAUAAUGAGAUCGAGUGGCCGGAGGUGAACUGGGGCGAGCUCCAGCAAAAAUGUUUUGAGAGGAAUCAACACCGGUACAACGUUAGCGGAGAGGUAGGGAAGAAAGCCCGGCAAGCUCUCGUUCUCCGAGGCCACGAACAAUUCAAAUGGCGCAAGAACGAUUUGCUAUAUACCCGUUCCCUUGUAGCUGAGCUCUCCUUGGCUAGCGGAGGAGAGUACGAGGUAAUUUUGAUGAUCCAACUAAACGGCGAAGAACACGCGAAUCUCACCACAGCCGACUUCCACAACGAAACUCUCCUCCACAGUCUUAGUGAACAAUACGUUCCUGCAGAAUUCCGUAAUCUGGCGGUCUUCUUUAAUACCAACGUCUUGAAAGAUCUCUACCCGGAAGUCCAGCAAUGGAAUUACGUCAUGCAAGCCUACCAGCCAGUACAAUGGCUCGCGCUCUCCCGCCCCCAGUUUAGCCACUUCUGGACUGUCGAGCAGGAUUUCCGGUACUUGGGGCACAACUACGAGUUUUUCAACUCCAUAGGAGAAUGGGCACGCAAACAACCCCGGGAGAAUAUCUGGGAACGAAGCUCCCAGUUCUACAUUCCAGCCGUUCACAAGACAUGGGACAACUUCGUGCAAGUUAUCAAGCAAAACACGCCUUCGGGCCAGGGCGUGCUGGGUCCAAAGCCUCCGCCAAAGACAUCCACAUAUUCCAGCUUCAAGCCAGCCACCCCGCUUCCCUCACCCAUCCCGAAGGACUGGGGUGUCGGCGAAGACGCAGAUGUUAUAUCCCUGUCGCCUAUCUGGGACCCGAAGGGCAGCGGCUGGGUCUUCGAGAACUAUAAGCACAACUUCCCCCCUGCCACACCCUUACGAGUCAGCCCACCCAGUUGCGGCAGGUUUUCUCGACGCGUCCUACUGCUUACACACGAGGAGCAGGUUGCGCAUGGCACGUGGGUAGCAGGCGAGGCGACGAACCCAACGACGGCCUUGCACCAUGGACUGAAAGCAGUCUACGCACCUCAUCCGCUGUACUUUGAUGAAGAUAUCGACCAUAAGGCGUUAUACACCGUGUUCAAUGGGGCUGAAGCCGGGAAAGCGUUUGAUACCUCCAGAGCACAUGAGGGCUUGUUGUUGAGGCCUGAGUGGAAGGAUAGGUGGUUGAGAUUCACGUUUUCGUGGAGUAAUCAAUUGGCGGAAGAGUUGUACAGGUGGUUUAUUUUACAAGAAAAAACGAGCACCGACGAGAUUGAUGGGAAGAAGCACGCUCCGCGGAGCGAGCACCCAAGUGGUGAGACACCGCAUGACAACGAGCCUUGCUUUCCGUCUAUGGCAUUGCACCCAGUAAAGAACAUUUGAUCUCCUAGAUAUAAACUGUAUUGUUUUAGGGUUUGGUAGAGGUUUCGGGGCAGGAGUUGGUUGGGUU